AUGUCCGACCUCACGCCGGCGCAAGCGCGCGCUGCAGCCCUCAACCGCCUCAAAGCGAAAGCGAAACACUCGGCACCCACCUCCUCUCCAUCAUUAGUGAACAAUGCAGCGGCUGUACCGACCUCGACACGCAACAUGGUGUCGGCGCAGGCCGACGCUGAGGCCGCGACGGGCGCUGCACCACUUCCUCGCAAUCCCGGAUUGGGGAAAUACUUCGAGUACGAUCUGAGCAAGCUGCAUAACUCGCGCGGUGGUUUCCUGACCGAGGACGACCUCGAGGGCGACCGGAUCCGGAGUGUCGUCGAGCUAGCGCGGCAGAAGGAACGCGAGAAGCAGAUGAUGCGUGAGGGCGAGGAACCUGCCAUUCUGCCCGACUCCUCACCACGAUGUGACGAGUGCCGCUCCCUCGAGAUCGACAACCAGCUCCUCAAAGUAUUUGAUGUGCGCGUGUGCAAGAACUGCAAGGAGAAAUAUCCCGACAAAUACAGCCUCCUCACCAAGACCGAGUGCAAGGAAGACUAUCUCUUGACAGAUCCCGAGUUGCGCGAUACCGAUCUCCUACCACACCUCCUCAAGGCCAACCCGCACGCCGCGUCGUACUCGAACAUGAUGCUAUUCCUGCGGAUGCAGGUCGAGGAAGUCGCGUGGAAGAAGUGGGGAGGGGAGAAGGGGCUCGAUGCCGAGUGGGCGCGGCGUGAGGACCAGAAGAAGCGUAAGCGCGAGGCAAAGUUUGAGGCCGGGCUUAGGGACCUCCGGAAGCGGACACGCAAUAACCAGUACCAGCGACGCGUGGAGGCGCAACAUUUGCACGAGUUCGAGGACGCUGAGGAGGUCACGGACCGGCAUGGGGACACGCACACCAUCCAGCGAUGCACGUGCGGGGCUGAACAAGAGGUCGAGGUGAUGUAA